CUCAGCUUCGGCUGUAUCCGCCUUGGGCUCGCAGCCGUUGUCCCGGCAACGCGCGGCGGCGCUGCGGCCCAGCCAAGAAGGUGGUUUAACGGAGGCGUAAAGACCUUGCACCGCUGGAGGUGAGAGGAUCAAAUCGGUUUCAGCCCUGACCAGGCCUGCGUUUCAUCAUGGCCCUCUACUUUGACCACCGCAUAGAAGCCCCAGAUGCAGUUGGGUCUCCCUCCCACAUCAGUUGGCACCCCGUUCACCCAUUCCUGGCAGUCGCUUCCAUUAGCACAGCCUCAGGAGGCAGUGUGGAUAUAUAUCAGGAGCAAGGUGAGUUCGUGCCAGACACGCAUAUCGAGAGGUCGUUCCGGGUCACCUCCCUCUGCUGGCACCCGACGCGGCUGAUCCUGGCUAUUGGCUGGGAGACCGGAGAAGUGGUCGUGUUUAAUAAGCAAGACAAGGAGCAGCAUGCGGUCCCCCUGACGCAAAUCGCCGACAUCACCGUCCUCAACUGGAGCCCCAACGGGAACUGCCUGGUGUCGGGGGAUAGGCUUGGUGUCCUGCUCUUAUGGAAGUUGGACCAAAGGGGUCGAGUACAAGGGGCACCGCUGCUGAAACACGAGUAUGGAAAACACCUCACUCACUGCAUCUUCCGGCUCCCCCCUCCCGGCGAGGACCUCGUUCAGUUGGCGAAGGCAGCUGUGAGUGGUGAUGAGAAAGCCCUGGACAAGUUUAACUGGAGGAAGAGUGGCUUUGGAAGUUUCCUGAAAAUGGGACCUCAAGAGGGACUCUCAUUCUUUGUCACCUUGACCGAUGGGACUGUGCACUAUGUGGACGAGAAGGGCAGGAUGGCCCGGGUGGCGUCCACGGACAGCUCCAUUCAGACGCUGUUCUACCUGGAGAAGAGGGAGGUGCUGGUGGCAGUCACUGAGAGCCUGCUGCUGUGUCUGUUCACGGUGAUGCCCGAGGGCGCGGCCGAGGAGGUGAUGAAGGUAAAGCUGAGUGGAAAUACGGGUCGCCGGGCAAACGUCGCCCUGAUCAAUGGCAGCCUUCUUGUGACCGCCACUGGGGAGGCGGUCCUCAGAUUCUGGGAUUUAGAACGAGGAGAGAAUUACGUACUGAGUCCAGAGGAGAAGUUUGGUUUUGAAAAAGGAGAGAAUAUAAACUGUGUUUCUUACUGUAAAGUCAAAGGUCUUCUGGCAGCAGGUACCGAUAAAGGGCGCGUAGCCAUGUGGAGAAAAGUGCCAGGCCCCCAGAGCAGCCAAGGGGUGGAGGGCAAAGACAGGUGGACCCUUCAGAUCCCCACUGAGCUCGAAGGAAACAUCAUGCAGAUAAAGUGGGGCUCCAGGAAGAGCCUCCUGGCGGUGAACAGCAUCAGCUCCGUGCUCAUCCUCCGCGAGCAGGCCAUGUCGUCCCACUUCCACCAGCAGGUGGCCGCAGUGCAGGUCUCCCCGAGCCUACUCAGCGUGUCCUUCCUGUCCACGGGGGUGACGCACAGCCUGCGUACAGACAUGUACAUCAGCGGAGUGUUCGCCACCAAGGAUGCUGUUGCCGUCUGGAAUGGAAAACAGGUGGUGAUCUUUGAGCCUUCUGGAGCCACAUUACGAAGUGCAGGUACCUUCCUGUGUGAGUCUCCAGUGUUAGCCAUGCACGAAGAAAACGUUUAUACGGUGGAGCCAAACCGAGUCCAAGUUCGAACCUGGCAGGGGACUGUGAAACAACUCCUGCCAUUUUCCGAGACAGAGGGGAACCCAUGCUUCUUUGACAUCUGUGGAAAUUUCCUGGUUGUAGGGACAGACUUGGCUCACUUUAAAAGCUUUGAUCUAUCCCGAAGAGAGGCGAAGGUGCACUGCAGCUGCAAGAGCCUGGCAGGGCUGGUCCCCGGCGUGGGGGGCAUGGCCUCCCUCAGGUGCAACGCCAGCGGCAGCAAGAUCAGCAUCCUCCUCAGCAAGGCUGACAACAGCCCCGAUUCCAGAAUCUGCUUCUACGAUGUGGAAAUGGACACAGUGACCAUCCUCGACUUCAAGAGGGGACAGAUAGAUCAGAGAGAGACGUUGUCCUUUAAUGGACAGGAGACUAAGAAAAGCCAGGCCCUCGCGGAUGAGAGGCUGACGAAUCUCGUGCCCGUGAGCCACUUCUGGGAUCAGAGUGAGCCCAGGUUGUUUGUGUGUGAAGCCGUGCAGGAAGUGCCGGGCGCCCCGCUGCAGCCAACAGACAGGAAGGCCCCGGGCGAGGCCAGCACGGGCCCCACGGCAGACGUGCUGGUCCUGUCCUUCUUCGUCUCUGAAGAGCACGGCUUCCUGUUGCAGGACAGCUUCCUCCGGCCUCCCGUAUUCCAGACGCUCUUGGGAAUCCAAGUGCCCCAUUAUUACUUCACGAGAAAGCCAGGAGAAGUGGACCUCGAGGACCAGGUGGACUCUGGGUCCCAGCGCAUCCCCCAGACGGUGGGCAGGAGGCCCCUGCGGGACUUCGUGGGUCUAGAGGACUGUGACAAGCCCACGCGGGACGCCAUGCUCAACUUCACCUUCUUCCUGGCUGUCGGGGACAUGGACGAAGCCUUCCGGUCCAUCAAGCUCAUCAAGAGCAAGGCUGUCUGGGAGAACAUGGCGCGCAUGUGCGUGAAGACCCAGAGGCUGGAUGUCGCCAAGGUGUGCCUGGGGCACAUGGGCCACGCGCGCGGAGCCCGAGCGCUGCGGGAGGCUGAGCAGGAGGCAGAGCCAGAGGCCAGGGUGGCCGUGUUGGCCAUACAGCUGGGCAUGCUGGAGGACGCGGAGCAUCUGUACAAGAAAUGCGGGCGCUACGACCUCCUCAAUAGGCUCCUGCAGGCCUCGGGCCAGUGGCAGAGGGCCAUUGAGGUGGCUGAGCGACACGACCGCGUGCACCUGCGCACCACCUACUACAACUACGCCCGGCACCUGGAGGCCAGCGGGGACUGCAGCCUGGCCCUCAGCUACUACGAGAAAUCAGACACACACCGCUUCGAGGUGCCGCGGAUGCUGGCGGAGGACCUGCAGGCCCUGGAGCUGUACAUCAACAAGAUGAAGGACAAGACCCUGUGGAGGUGGUGGGCCCAGUACCUGGAGAGCCAGGCCGAGAUGGACGCUGCGCUUCGCUACUACGAGCUGGCGCACGACUACUUCUCCCUGGUCCGCGUUUACUGCUUCCAGGGCAACAUCCAGAAGGCCGCAGAGAUAGCCAGCGAGACCGGGAACUGGGCGGCCUCCUACCACCUGGCCCGCCAGUACGAGAGCCAGGACGAGGUGCGGCAGGCCGUGCACUUCUACACGCGCGCCCAGGCCUUCAACAAUGCCAUCCGCCUCUGCAAGGAGCACGGCCUGGAUGACCAGCUUAUGAACUUGGCCCUGCUGAGCUCCCCCAAGGACAUGAUCGAGGCCGCACGCUACUACGAGGAGAAGGGCGAGCAGAUGGACCAGGCGGUCAUGCUGUACCACAAGGCCGGCCACUUCUCCAAGGCCCUGGAGCUGGCCUUCGCCACACAGCAGUUUGUGGCCCUGCAGCUCGUGGCAGAGGACCUGGACGAGAAGUCAGACCCUGCCCUCCUGGCCCGCUGCUCCGACUUCUUCCUGGAGCACAGUCAGUACGAGAAGGCGGUGGAGCUGCUGCUGGCCGCCAAGAAGUAUCACGAAGCCCUGCAGCUCUGCCUGGAGCAGAACUUGACCAUCACUGAGGAGAUGGCCGAAAAGAUGACGGUGUCCAAGGACUGCAAGGAGCUGUCUGAAGAGUCCCGGCGUGAGCUGCUGGAGCAGAUUGCCAGCUGCUGCAUGCGCCAGGGCAACUACCACCUGGCCACCAAGAAGUACACGCAGGCAGGGGACAGGCUGAAGGCCAUGAGAGCACUGCUCAAGUCUGGGGACACUGAGAAAAUUGUGUUCUUUGCGGGCGUCUCGAGGCAAAAGGAGAUCUACAUCAUGGCAGCCAACUACCUGCAGUCCCUGGACUGGCGGAAGAACCCGGAGAUCAUGAAGAGCAUCAUCAGCUUCUACACCAAGGGCCGGGCCCUGGACCUCCUGGCCGGCUUCUACGAUGCCUGUGCCCAGGACAUACACCGAGGACCCCAAGGAGUCGGUCAGGCAGUGCAAGCUGCUCCUGGAGGAGCCAGACCUGGACAGCACCGUCCGCGUCGGGGACGUAUACGGCUUCCUGGUAGAGCGCCACGUGCAGAUGGAGGACCUGCAGACGGCCUACAAGUACCUGGAGGAGAUGCGGAAGAGAGUGCCCUCCGCCAACGUGUCGUACUACGUGAGCCAGCGCACUGUGGACGCCGUGCACCAGGGCUUGGGCAUCCCUCUGACGCGCACCAUGCCGGAGCAGAUGCGCCACAACAGCGUGGAGGAUCACAAGGAGAUGGACGAGGAGGUGAUGGAGGAGGUGGAGAAUGGCCCCUGAGGGCCUGCUGCUGCCCAGGCUCUUCUGGGACUUACCAGUCAUUGUCAGUAGCAGGAGCCCGACGUACCUGGGGAAAGUUUUGUGUCUGAGUCCGUAGGCAGAGCUGUGGGAAGAUGCGCUAGCCUCCGAGGGGCAUCAGGGGGAGGGUCUCUAAGCCACCCCUUCUGAGUCCCUGGCCCCUGCAGGGUUUUGUUUUAGCCCCUCGGUAGUCAAGGGAGUUGGUUCAUUUUUCCCAUGACAUUCCCCCAAGUACAGGGUGUAAAGCCUAAGAAACUGAGGGUGUCCCCAUAUUCCCGCCCCCCCCCUCCUGGCACCCACACAGGUUGCCCGGCAGUGCAUCUGACUGGUUCCCACAGGACACCCCGUCCUGACCACAGGGAGCCAACGGUUGGCACUGGGCUGCAGCCGGAGGCUCUGUCUGUCUAGGCCGCGCCCUUUCCGUCACCAGCUCCCACCGUAAGGGGCCAUCAGGGACAGCACCAUGAUGGGGGCGGGGGUGCUGCCUCAUGCUUUCCCACCCCCAGCUCCACCCACCAGCUGCCGAAAUUCUCCAAAUAAAGUCUGUUUUCUCA